CUCAGAAAAACUUGUCAAACCCUUAAUAUAGCUAGCAAUAUCAAAAAGUUUAAAGCAUCUUCAGGAUGAUAAGUUUCCUGAAAUUAGCCAGGAAUCCUGGCCAGCUGCAAUCCCAGUGGCUUCGUGGACAGAAGACCAUGCCGGUGUACGACUACCGUUGCCCAAAUCCACCCAAGUGGGGAUACUCGGCCUUCGGGCAGAACCAGAAGACAUGGGGCGAGUGGACCUGUGCCAGGUUGGAUGACCUGCUGAACUGGGGACGCAAGGGAUCCCUCUGGCCGCUGACCUUUGGCCUCGCCUGCUGCGCCGUGGAAAUGAUGCACAUUGCGGCUCCUCGCUACGACAUGGAUCGCUACGGAGUGGUGUUUCGGGCAUCUCCCCGCCAGGCAGACGUGCUCAUCGUGGCCGGAACCCUGACCAACAAGAUGGCACCGGCCUUUCGAAAGGUCUACGACCAGAUGCCCGAGCCCAGAUGGGUUAUAUCCAUGGGCAGUUGCGCCAAUGGUGGUGGCUACUACCACUACUCCUACUCGGUGGUUCGCGGCUGCGAUCGCAUUGUUCCGGUGGACAUCUACGUGCCCGGAUGUCCGCCCACCGCCGAGGCCUUGAUGUACGGAAUCCUGCAGCUGCAGAAGAAGGUCAAGCGCAUGAGGACUCUGCAGAUGUGGUACAGAAAGUAGAGGGUAUUCUUGUUAGGAUUUCAGUAAAUAAAUGAUACCU